CUCUCUCACUCUCUCUCUCUCUCUCUCUCUCUCUCUCUCUCUCUCUCUCUCUAUAUAUAUAUAAAUAUGGUUUUAAUCUUACUUCCUCUUGUUUUAACAGUUGCAAUUUGUUUUUUGGGUGGAAUUAUGAUUUUUUUACCUUCACUUUUAAUGGAAAUUGUAUCGGAGAAACUAAUUAAAUUAGUGCACAAACCAAUUAUAAUUUGUGUAUAAUUAAAAGUGGUGAUUAUUCACCUUGUUUGUGACUGAUAGAAUUUGAAUUCGGAUUGUUAUUUGGGUGUGCAUUUUGAUGUAUGAAAUUGUAGUGAACGUUCUGAGUUUACUUGUUCAAUUCAAGUGAACUUGUAAGAAGAAAUGGCUGGUAGCCUUAUACUAGUACUCUACUACACUGUCUAGUACUUUGAUAGUUGUACCGCGACGUAGGAACACCGGAAUCUUUGCAACUGAGUGUUGUUCAUCAGUUCCUGAAAACCUCCGUUUUUCGUCAUCAAGACGUUGGUUCAUUAAAUUAGGUAACAUCUUGGAGCUCCAAUGUCAGUCAGCUUUCAUGUAAGGAGUUAUUUCAUGAAGAUGAACAGCAUUUCCUGCAUUCUUGUCUGUGCAAAGUUGGCACAAAUUUAGGCUGCUUUCUAGUCUAUAAGUGACUGUUGGACAUCGUAUUUUGAGGCGCUUUGGACAUUCAGAACAUAUAUUGCUCGUUGUAGAUGGCGAGCGAGGGUACUUCGGCUUGUAAUGUUCUACGCGUAUAUGUUUGUUUCUUUGUAACAGGUCUCUUUUGUGGGUUUAGAUGGCGAACUGCUCUGCUCGGUCAAGGGGACGAACGCUGCAGCAUCAGGGGCACCAGUUGAGGGCUAAAUGGACAAUGCAGCUUACUAAGAUACUGGUGAACUUAAUGGUGGAUCAAGUACACAGAGGGAAUAGACAAAAUGGUCAUAUGGGAAAGAAAGCAUGGAAGUCUGUAUGCGAUGAAUUCCAUAAGAGAACGGGUCUGAAAUGGGACAAGGAACAACUGAAGAACCGAUGCACUGUUUUGAGGAGGAUGUAUGUUACAGUCAAGUCGCUGCUUGAUCGAAGUGACUUCAGUUGGGAUGAAUCCACCGGGGUUAUUGCAGCCAGCAAUGCAGUGUGGGCUGAACACAUCAGGGAACAUCCUGAUGCUGAGACUCUAAAAACCAGUGGCUGCCCAAUUUUCAAAGAGCUAUGCACUAUAUUUUCAAAACCGCCAACGAACGGGAAACAUGACCAUCCAGCUGAACAUGAGGGUGGGGAUCCAAAUUCACGUCCAUCGGAGCCCGUGUCCUUGAACCAAGAAGAGUCCUCAUCAGAUUCUCAGGAAGGAGAUGAUGCUGUAAAUGGUCAGGAAACAUUUCAACCUGCCAUCCGCAAAAGAGGACGCAAGGGCACUGAUGAUGCUAUUGCGGGUGCUAUAUUGGAGAUGGCGGCUGCGUCAAGGCUGAGGGCGGCCGCUACACAGCAACGUGAUGCUAGAUAUACAAUAGCUAGUUGUAUCGAGGAAUUGGAUAAAAUGCAAGGUGUUGAUGAACACGUCUAUUUCGCUGCUCUCGAUCUGUUCAACAAACCAGUUGCAAGGGAGAUGUUCUUGUCUCUCAAAGGCGAAAAACGCUUGAUUUGGUUGCGUAGCAAGUGCACAGCAGCUCCUGCUCUCUAGAUUGAUAACUUUAUGUAGUUUUGAUGUUAUCUAAUCUGUAUUAUGUGACUCUUGGCUUGUGUAUGUCCAACUCCGCCAGCCUGGUUUUACCCUA